AUGGGUCGUGUGAUUCGUGCUCAACGUAAAGGUGCCGGUUCGGUCUUCGUAUCACAUACGAAGAAAAGGAAAGGAGCCCCUAAACUUCGCUCCUUAGAUUAUGCGGAACGUCAUGGUUAUAUUAAAGGUGUUGUGAAGGAUAUUAUCCAUGAUCCCGGAAGAGGUGCACCUUUGGCUGUGGUUCAUUUUAGAGACCCAUACAAGUUUAAGACACGUAAGGAACUUUUUAUUGCACCUGAAGGUCUAUACACUGGUCAGUUUGUGUACUGUGGGAAAAAGGCGACACUUGAAGUUGGAAAUGUAAUGCCUGUGGGAGCUAUGCCUGAAGGUACUAUUGUUUGUAAUCUGGAGGAGAAAAUGGGUGACCGUGGACGGCUUGCUCGUGCUUCGGGUAACUUUGCUACUGUUAUUGGCCACAAUCCAGAUGCAAAACGUACUAGAGUCAAGCUUCCAUCUGGUGCCAAAAAAGUUUUACCUUCCAGUAACAGAGGCAUGGUUGGUAUUGUUGCUGGAGGAGGCCGUAUUGAUAAGCCCAUCUUAAAAGCUGGUAGAGCUUACCACAAAUAUAAGGUUAAGCGUAACUGUUGGCCAUAUGUAAGAGGAGUGAGCAUGAACCCUGUGGAGCAUCCUCAUGGUGGUGGUAACCAUCAACAUAUUGGUAAGGCUUCCACAGUCAAGAGAGGAACAUCAGCUGGUCGCAAAGUUGGUCUUAUCGCUGCUCGCAGAACCGGAAGAAUUCGUGGUGGCAAGACCGACACCAAGAAGGAGACUUAA